AUGGGACUAGAUCGAGUAGCAGAAAGUACGCAAAUUUUACCAGGGGUGGUCGGGUCUCAAGAUGAUCAUGAGAAAGCGAAAGAAUUGCUCGACCAGAUAGUGGAAUUAUUUGAGGAUGCAGAACGAACAUCGGUAAAGUUGAAGCCUACGAGGAAGGAUUCUAAUGUUUGUGACACCGCAAACGAUUUGGAUGAGGCUACGGCUUCCCUGCAUAAGAAGCUGGAGAUGCUAUCACUAAGGCGGGUGGUCAAUGGCUUGGUCGAACUGUUCCCAGCCGCUCGGCAGGAGCAGAAACGGCUGUGCGAGGAGGACGGGUCUGAAUUAGCAUCGGAUAAGAACACGUCGCUCAUUGCUCCUUUUGUCGCCGAACAAGACCCUGAGCUUAGUACUGCCAUCAAGUCUAACCAUUCUGGUGGGGAACAAAUCUUUAACAUCACAUUCGCCGGAAGCCAAAAUUACGGUCUUCAACAAGGCUACUUCUCCGGGCAGCAAACGAACAAUUUUGGGGGCUCGACCUUAAGGUACAUUACUGAUUUAGGACUUUCUUAUUAA